AAUGAGGGCCUUCAUCUUACUUCUCAUUAUAUGAACCACAACUUUUUCUGUGGACGUGAAUAACCUCCUGGUUGGGUAUGAUAAGAGCAUACUUCCUGGAGGGAAUGAUGUGACAGUUGUGAAUUAUACUCUUACAGCUCCUUACUUCUUGGAGAUCAAUGAAAUCAACACUCAUUUAUGGAUAUCUGUUGUUGAGUACAUGUCAUGGGUUGAUACAAGACUUCAGUACACACCAGCACCUUCUCAAGAAAGCAUGAAAAUGAAUUCCUAUAUUUACAAGUUGUGGGUGCCAAUAACAGAUUUUAAGGAUAGAAUGGACCGAACUUUCAAAGAUAGACGGGACUCAAGUGACCUGAUUUUAUACCCUAAUGGCACUUUGAUCUACACAACAAGAAGAACAAUGAGGAUUAGGUGCGAUUUUUCUUUUCGACUGAUUCCUUUUGAUAAGCAUACCUGCUCAAUAAUCGCAUUUUUUGUUAAUGGCGACAAGGAUGCUGUUAUAAUGAACUAUACUGAGGAAGAUGCAAUGGCCCCACUUAAGCAAAAUUCAGAAAGAAUAGUCACAUUUUUAGAGGAAGCAAGGACUUUUGAUAUAGAUUUUUAUUCUUACGGCCCAGUUGAUGUAUACCCAACAGUCAGAUUUGAUCAUCCACACUCAGGAUACCAAUCAAAUAUCAAGCUCUCCCGAAAUCCAAGCUACUUCUAUCAAUAUUAUAUCAUUCCGUCUUUGCUAAUCUUCUGAGUCUCCAAUGUUUCCUUCUAUAUUAACAAGAAUGGAGUCCCUGGAAGGGUAGUCUUGCCAAUUAGUUGUAUUUGGUUAAUAUCAUCGUUGCUGAGAAAUGUACAAAAAGAUAUUCCAAGGACAAACUCUAACUCUUGGAUAAUGAACUACAUUAUAGGAGUUCUUCUAUUUAUUGCGUUCUCAAUGAUUGAAUAUGCUUGCCUAAGUUGUUGCAUGACUUGGUACGACACACGAAGAACUUUGAUUAAUAAGCAUAUUGAUAAGCUCUCUAAAGCUUAUGAUAAAGAGAAUCCUCUGAACAAAGGCAGGCACCUGGCUGGUGUUGUUGACGACUCAAUAGAUGGCGUAUCCUCUAGUAGUUCAGAUAGCUCGGAUAGCUCAGAUAGCUCAGAUAGCUCAGAUGACAGCGAGGCUAAGUUUGAGAAUCAGCCAUUGAGAUCAGGACUGUUUAACCAAGAAAAUCAUGAAGGGAAAGAGGAUAGCGAAGAAAACCCCUUUCCUGAUAUAGUGAUUGAGAAGACUUCUCCGAAGCCUCCACAGAUCAUUAAGUCGAUCCUCAAAACUGGAAGAACUAAUGAUAAUAAAGACAAAAACCAGAAAGUUGACUUUGGGAUGUCCUUCAUAGAUGCCUCUAGGAACAGUGAAGGUGUUAUUGAAGGAAGGAAAACAGUUAAACUUAAGAAAGAGCCAUCUCUGUUUGAUGAUGACUAUGAGAUUAAUGUCAUUAGUCCAGCAAAGAAUAUAGAGAGGACUCCCAAGUGGAAUUCAGAGGAACCUCAAACGGUUUUAGAUAAAAAUGCCACGAUGGAGGAUGAGAAGAUAAAUCAAAAUGAACUCCCUGACAUUAAUGCACACCGCUCUCCAAUGUUCUCAAAUCUGAACAGAUCUUUUACCCUCACGAAUGAGUUUCCUCCUAGUAUUAAUCACAACUUAGGUUUUGAAUCAAGAGACAAUACAGAAAAGAUGAACAAAGUAGAAGGCAUGCAAGAAGCAUCGCCAAAUAUUGAGAUCAACAAAGAUGAGGAAGAGUCAGAGGAAGUUAAGGGAGAUCUUACAGGGAACUUCAUCCCUCGCACUUAUACUAUCCACGAAACCAACAUGAAUUUAGUUUCAGAGGAGAAUAAGCCAGUAGGAGAGCUUGAAAAAUCAUUUUGUAAUUCAGAAGCUCCUUUGGUCCCUGACUUGAAGUUUAAUCCCAAGGACAAAUCAAAGAGUGUGGCUAUUCACCAGCAGUCUUCAGAAGAGGUCAAGAAUAUAGAUGAUCCCAAGGAGAGCAUCGCUAAGAUUCUGAGAAAGCAUGCUCAUAAAGGGAAAAAGACCAAUGAUCCUGAGAAGUACAAAAGACUCAUCUAUCGCUUGACAAGGAUAGAGGCUAAGGAUAAUGACAAAAUACAGAGGUUAGAUAAGAGGACACAAAGGAGGAUCAGAAGGAUCCUAUACCUUGAAAAAUCAAAAUGGUUCUACUUCUGAGGAAUAAUAUCCGCAAAAAACUGGCUUGACUACUGCUGCCGCAUCCUGUACCCCUGAUUAUUUGUGCUGUUCUUGAUCUGUAUUUUCUUCAUCUAAGCAGAAGAUAAAUUUCUAUUCAUUGAAACAACUCAGACUGAUUCAGCAAGUAAAUGAUAUUUGAAUUGGGAAGUUAAUAUAAAAUUCUACAUUUAUUCUGAAGGAAUUUAGAAAAUAUGCUAUUACUUUCUAUGGUUUGGUAUAACAAAUC